UUUGACUGUUUUACUAAUUCUAAAACAAAACAUAAGGUUCAAAUAAAAUAAUUCCGUUCUAGUACUUAAAAAUAUCAGUUUUAUCAUUCAUGAAAAGCAAAUAUGAAACCAGAUCAAGAAGUUAAAGAUGAAAAAGAAGAUGUGGUUACCGGAGACGUUAUCGGCGAUACUGCCUACAGCGAACGAUUUGUAUUGAAAUUGUUAUUAAAGUUUGCUAAUUUAGACACCCUGAAAGAUGAAAUACAAGAAAAUACAUUCGAAGAAGAUCUCUGUACUCUUUGGGACAUGACAGCUGAAAGAGAUGUAGUGCUAUUCCUACAAAAACAUGAUGUAUUGAGUUUGUUCAACUUCGCCUGGCCUUCGAUUAUCGAAUCACCCCGAAUUAUUGAAAUUCUAAUAGGGAUUAUUGGUAACAUGUGUUGUCAAAAAGAAGCAGCACAAGCCCUUCUUAAAAUGGACGCCUUUCUCACAUUGUUACUAGAAUAUACAAAAUCAGAAGACAGUUUAAUUAUCAUCCAAUUACUACGCCUUGUGAACUCCAGCCUGUUUUUAGCGGACGAUAGUCUUAUAGCGAUAUGGAUAGAAAUAUUUAUUAAAAUUGGAUAUUCAAGUGCCUUAUAUUUUAUACUAAAUAACUCUUCCAAUAAGGAUUUGAUAAUAACAGGCUUAGAAAACUUCAACACAAUUUGCUCUUAUUGCAAUACCGGGCAGCUAAGAACCCGAUUCUUUGGACAUUUUGUGACAUCUGAAGCAAUUGAAGCAUUAGCCACAGCAUUCACAGAGAUUGCUGUGAACCAAAAACAUUCUUGUGGAAGGGAUGAAUUAGAAAGGGUAUUUAUAAUCAGCUUACAAAUAACCCUCAAUUUAGUUGGUUUUGACAAAUCCUAUGAAGUGUUUAAAGAUAAUAAACUUGAUGCACUAAAAAUCAUUUCAGUAGUUUUCACAUAUUAUGAAAAUAAAUUUGUCAAUCAAAAGGAAAUAGAUAUGGAUUUAGUAGAUAUUAUAGAUUCAACAAUUACACUCGUUAAAGUUCUUGAAACAAGUAGUAUUUGUGAUCAUGAACAGUAUUUUGUACAGAGCUAUAAUAUGUGGGUGACUUUAAGUUCAAUAGACAAAACUGACAGCAAUGGAGGAUCCAGUUUUGAAAUCGACGACAAAGAAGAAUUGCAGGAGUUUUCAAAAAAAAUGAAAGCCUCAUUAAGUGGACUUAUUUUUAAUUAUAUAGAGAAAUGUUCCAAUGAGAAUUUACUCAAAGCAAUUGAUAAGAUUGGAAAGAAUUACGAUGAUAUAUUUUCUCUAGUCGAAGAUGAGUCCUUGUCAAAAGCUGUGUCUGAUAGAGCAAGUAAUUAUAGGACUCGAUUAAAAGAAACUGAAAACUGUUAAUUUAAUUUUUGUAAUUAAUAUAAUUUACUUAUGAAAUGCUU